CCUCGUGCCCCAUCUCGUCCCUUCGCUCUUCUUGGAACACCGUCUAGUCUUGUGCACGAGGGCCUUACACAGUUUGAACAACAAUGGGCUUCGGAGAUUUGAAAUCACCUGCAGGCCUUAAGGUCCUGAAUGCGUUUUUGUCAGACAAGAGCUACAUUGAGGGGUACGUGCCGUCUCAAGCGGACGUGGCCGUGUUUGACGCCAUCUCGUCUCCCCCCUCCACAGAGCUGUGCCACGCGCUGCGCUGGUACAACCACAUCAAGUCCUACCAGCGGGAGAAGACCAGCCUCCCCGGGGUGAAGAGGCCCCUGGCCCAGUACGGCCCCUCUGGGGUCGAGGACCAGACCGCCGCAGAAGCUAAGGAUGAUGACGACGACCUCGACCUGUUUGGCUCCGAUGAGGAGGAGGACGAGGAGGCCAUCAGGAUGAAGGAGGAACGCGUGGCAGCCUACAACGCCAAGAAGUCCAAGAAGCCGACUCUCAUUGCCAAGUCGUCGAUUCUGUUGGAUGUGAAGCCCUGGGACGAUGAGACAGACAUGGCCAAGCUGGAGGAGUGUGUUCGCAGCAUCGAGAUGGACGGCUUGCUCUGGGGGCAGUCCAAGCUGGUGCCGGUGGGGUACGGGAUCAAGAAGUUACAGAUCUCCUGCGUGGUGGAGGAUGACAAGGUGGGCACUGACAGCCUGGAGGAGCUCAUCACCGCCUUCGAGGACUACGUGCAGUCUAUGGACGUGGCCGCCUUCAACAAGAUUUAGACACGCAAUAAAGCACUUCACAUUGA